AUGUCUCAAACCAACUGGGAAGCUGAUAAAAUGUUGGAUGUCUAUAUCCAUGAUUAUUUAGUUAAGAGAGAUUUAAAGGCAUCGGCUCAAGCUUUCCAAGCUGAAGGAAAAGUAUCAUCCGACCCCGUUGCCAUCGAUGCUCCAGGCGGCUUUCUCUUUGAAUGGUGGUCAGUUUUUUGGGAUAUAUUUAUUGCCAGGACAAAUGAGAAGCACUCAGAUGUUGCUGCAUCUUACAUUGAGACUCAGCUAGUGAAGUCAAGGGAGCAACAGCAACAGCAACAUCAACAACCGCAUCAUCAACAGCAAUCUCAACAGCCACAAACUCCACAGCAGCAGCAAAUGCAGAUGCAGCAGCUUUUAUUGCAGAGGCAGGCUCAGCAGCAUCAACAACAGCAACAGCAGCAGCAGCAGCAACAGGAACAACAGCAACAAGCACAGCAGAGGCGAGAUGGACCCCACCCGAAUGGUAUGGCUAAUGGAAUUGUUGGAAAUGAUUCUCUUAUGAGACAGAAUUCUGGGACUGCCAGCACGUUGGCAACUAAAAUGUACGAGGAGAGGUUAAAGAUGCCUGUUCAGAGGGAUUCUUUGGAAGAUGCAGCUUUGAAACAAAGAUUUGGUGAUAAUGUUGGUCAGCUUUUGGAUCCAAAUCAUGCUUCAAUUUUAAAAUCAGCUGCAGCAGCUGGCCAGCCGUCUGGGCAAGUGCUGCAUGGUACGGCUGGCGGAAUGACUCCUCAAGUUCAAGCUCGUAGUCAGCUUCCAGGGUCUACACCAGAUAUAAAAACUGAAAUGAAUGCGUCGGUACUGAAUCCCAGAGCUGCGGGUCCUGAUGGGUCUCAUACUGGAAUCCCUGGUUCAAAUCAAGGUGGCAACAAUUUGACAUUGAAAGGAUGGCCGCUAACUGGUCUCGAUCAGCUUCGCUCUGGACUUCCUCAACAGCAGAAGUCAUUCAUGCCGGGUUCUCAGCUAUUUCAUCAACUACAGAUGCUAACACCCCAGCACCAACAGCAGCUUAUGCUUGCACAGCAGAAUUUGACUUCUCCAUCAGCCUGUGAUGUGGACAGCAGAAGGCUGAGAAUGCUUAUGAAUAAUAGAAGUAUGUCUAUGGGAAAGGAUAGCAUUUCUAAUUCAGUUGGCGAUGUAGUUCCUAACAUUGGAUCACCCUUGCAAUCUGGUUGCCCUCCUUUGACUCGUGCUGACCCGGAUAUGUUACUAAAGUUGAAAAUGGCACAACUGCAACAGCAAAAUGGCAAUCAAAUGCAGCAGCAGCUUCAGCAGCUUGCACUUUCUGGUCAGCAACCCCUAAGUUCAAACAACAAUCUUCAGCAAGAGAAAAUUAUGGGUACCAGCAGUGUGACUGGUGAUGGCAGCAUGUCAAAUUCCUUCCGGGGAGGUGAUCAGACUUCAAAAAACCAGACUGGAAGAAAGAGAAAACAGCCGGUCUCAUCUUCAGGGCCUGCCAAUAGCUCAGGAACUGCGAACACGACAGGACCAUCUCCAAGCUCAGCACCCUCGACGCCCUCAACUCAUACGCCUGGAGAUGUGAUGUCCAUGCCUACCUUGCCGCAUGGUGGCAGUUCUUCAAAGCCUCUAAUGAUGUUUGGUGCUGAUAAUACUGUUACACUCACAUCACCAUCAAAUCAAUUAUGGGAUGAUAAAGAUCUCGUGCAAGCUGAUAUGGACGGUUUCGUGGAUGAUGUCGAAGAGAAUGUUGAGUCUUUUUUGUCUCAAGAUGAUGCGGACCCUCGAGAUACGGUUAGCCGUUGUAUGGAUGUUAGCAAAGGGUUCACAUUUACAGAAGUGAGUUCCUUACGUGCUAGUAAUAGCAAAGUUGUGUGUUGCCACUUCUCGUCAGAUGGAAAGUUGCUUGCUAGUGGCGGUCACGAUAAAAAGGCUGUUUUGUGGUUUGCUGAUACUUUGAAGCCAAAAACUACACUUGAAGAACACUCAUCUUUUAUUACGGACGUUCGCUUCAGUCCUAGCAUGGCUCGCCUUGCAACAUCAUCUUUUGACAAAACUGUCAGAGUUUGGGAUGCAGACAAUCCUAGCUAUUCACUUCGUACCUUCACUGGCCAUUCCGCUGGUGUAAUGUCAUUAGAUUUCCACCCAAAAAAUGAAGAUCUGAUCUGCUCGUGUGAUGGUGAUGGUCAGAUAAGAUACUGGAGCAUUAUUAAUGGUAACUGUGCAAAAGUUUUCAAGGGUGGUACAGCUCAGGUUAGAUUCCAGCCCCGUAUUGGGAGAUAUCUUGCUGCAGCCGCUGAGAAUGUUGUAUCAAUAUUGGAUGCAGAGACGCAGACAUGCUGGCAUUCACUGAAGGGUCACACGAAACCAAUUCAAUCUAUUUGCUGGGAUCCUUCUGGUGAGCUCCUGGCAUCUGUUAGUGAAGAUUCGGCGAGAGUCUGGACACUGAGGUCUGGCAGUGAAGGGGAAUGUUUGCAUGAGCUGAGUUGUAAUGGCAACAAGUUCCACUCGUGUGUUUUCCAUCCGACGUAUUCUACAUUGCUAGUUAUUGGCUGUUACCAGUCGCUGGAGCUUUGGAACACAAAUGAGAACAAGACUAUGACCCUUCCAUCACACGACGGAUUGAUUGCUUCUUUGGCUGCAACACCAGUGGCGGGUUUGGUUGCUUCUGCUAGUCACGACAAAGUUGUUAAGCUUUGGAAGUGA